GAGCGGGGCCGGGGCCGGGCCGGGAGCGGCCGGAGCGGGGCCGGGAGCGGCGGGGCCGGGGCCGAGCGGGGCCGGGCGGGAUCCCCCGGGAUCCCCCGGGGCCAGCGGGGCGGCCAUGCCGAGCAAGAAGAAGAAAUACAACGCACGCUUCCCGCCGGCGCGGAUCAAGAAGAUCAUGCAGACGGACGAGGAGAUCGGGAAGGUGGCGGCCGCCGUGCCCGUCAUCAUCUCGCGGGCCCUGGAGCUGUUCCUGGAGUCGCUGCUGCGCAAGGCCUGUCACGUGACCCAGUCCCGCAACGCCAAGACCAUGACGACUUCUCACCUGAAGCAGUGCAUCGAGCUGGAGCAGCAGUUCGAUUUCCUCAAGGACCUGGUGGCCGCCGUGCCCGACAUGCAGGGGGACGGUGACGACCCCCACGGGGACGGGGAGAGGGGACCCCGCAGGGGGCGCCGCCCGGGCAGUGGCCGCAAGAACGGGGGUCCCGGGGCCAAGGGGACCCCGAAGCAAUCGGGGACAGACUCGGAGCAGGAGGAGGAGUCUGAGGACAGUGACAGCGACGGCGACGAGGAGACGGCACAGCCGCCCCCGGCCCCGCCCCCACUCACCUUCGCCAGUGUCCCCAAGGCCGGCGGUGUCCUCGUCACCAGCAGUGUCCCCAAGGCCAGCAGUGUCCGUGUUGCCAGCAGGGUCCCCAAUGCUGGCGGUGUCCUCCUGACCUCCAGUGUCCCCAAGGCCACCGGUGUCCCCUGUCCUGCAGUGUCCCCGUGACCAGUAGUGUCCCCAAGGCCGGCAGUGU